UAUGUCUGGAUAGUUACACAAUCAAGCUUUGGAACAGUAGAGAAUAAUGCUCCACCAGAGUUCCCUGUCGGUAUGUUAGGAGUUCAUUUUAACACUACCAAAGCGAAACUUGAAGAUGAGAUCGAACGAGCUGUCUAUGUCUUCGGUUACGGCUUGGAACUCUUUGUAAAUGACCCUCGCAAUGAAAACAAAAGUUUGUCACCAGGAUUGAAAUGCAAUGGAACCUCUACUGACCACUGGAGUAAAGGGGAUAUGUUCUUUAGAUACCUUAGAAACGUUAGCAUUCCAUCAAGUAGUGGAGGACCAAAUUUAGAGUUCAACCCCGACGGCACACUCAGAUAUGUAGAGCUGGAGGUGAUGAACCUGAAGACUCAAGGAUACUGGGAGAAGAUUGGCGCAUGGACAGCUGGAGUUUUGGAAAUAAAAGACAUUGUUUGGCCCGGAGACUCUCCUGUUCCUCCUAAGGGUGUCCCAGAAAAAUUCAACUUAAAGAUCACUUUCAUGGAAGAGCCACCAUAUGUGAAUCUUGUCCCACCAGACAAUGAGACAGGAGAAUGCAAAACCGAUCGAGCUGUCCCCUGCCGUGUGGCUCCCGAAUCAGAGCUUGCUGGGGUCAACCUUACCCUGGCUAUACGAAACCCCAAAUACUAUAUGUGUUGUUCUGGCUUCUGUAUUGAUCUUCUACAAAAGUUUGCUGUUGAUUUGGGAUUUACUUAUGAUCUAUAUCGUGUAGAAGACGGAAUCUGGGGAGUUUUAGAGAAUGGAUCAUGGAACGGACUGAUAGCAGAAAUUUUAGAAGAGCGAGCAGAUGCUGUUGUGACAAGUUUCAAGAUGAAUUCCGAACGUCAAACAGUUCUGGACUUUACAGUUCCCUUUAUGGAAACCGGAAUAACACUCGUCGUGGCUAAACGAACUGGGAUUAUUUCACCAAAGGCAUUUCUUGAACCUUUUGACACGUUAUCCUGGCUACUCAUCCUAUUGGUUAGUAUCCAGGUUGCUGCCUUCGUCAUCUUCCUGUUCGAAUGGCUAAGUCCUUUUGGAUACGAUAUGAAAAUGUCGCCUCCAAGAGAUCAUAAGUUCUCUCUUUUCCGAACUUACUGGCUAGUUUGGGCUAUACUGUUUGGUGCCAGCGUUAACCUCGACUGUCCUCGGGGUUAUACAGCUCGUUUCAUGUCCAAUAUCUGGGCCAUGUUUGCUGUGGUCUUUCUCGCCAUUUACACUGCUAAUCUAGCGGCCUUCAUGAUCACAAGAGAAGAGUAUUAUGACCUGGUUGGCAUCGAAGACCACAGGCUUCAUUAUCCCUUUGAUUUGGAUCCCCCUUUUCGUUUCGGCACAGUUCCUCUGGGAAAUACCUGGACCGUAAUAAAGGAUCGCAAACCUAGAAUGUUUACUUACAUGAAACGUUUCAAUCGUUCGUUUCCAAUAGAAGGAGUCAAAGCCGUCAAAACUGGAGAAUUAGACGCUUUUAUCUACGAUGCCACUGUCCUGGAGUACUUAGCAGGACAAGACAAUGAAUGUCGACUCCUUACUGUUGGCUCCUGGUUUUCUAUGACUGGCUACGGUUUUGCUUUCCCUAAGAAAUCCAAGUAUGUCAACAUGUUUAACAAAUACAUGAUCCAGUACAGAGAAAAUGGUGACUUGGACCGACUCCAAAGGUUCUGGUUGCAAGGUGUUUGCAAGCCCACUAAGAACAAACGAAACGCCAGUAAUCCUCUAGACACCAACCAGUUCAUGAGUGCCUUCCUGCUGCUUGGAUGUGGAGUCAUAUUCACUCUAGUCGUGUUAGGGUUAGAGCAUAUAUAUUUCAAGUACAUCCGUCAACACUUGGCUAAGAAGGACACUGGAGGCUGUUUUGCUCUUGUCAGUUUGAGUAUGGGAAAAUCGUUGAGUUUUCGAGGUGCAGUUUACGAGGCUCAGGACAUGUUGAAGCGUCACCGGUGUAAAGACCCAAUCUGCGACACCCUCUUGUGGAAAGCUAGACAUGAACUCGACAUGGCUCGCUUCAAGCUUAAACAGCUGCAGAAAGAACUGUACCUCAAAACAAGUCCUGUUGACCCUGUAAAGCCACGAUACCUCACGAAAAAUUACAGCAGUGCAAAUGAGUUUCAGCCUCCACAUUCAAGACUUUACUAUAGGCCAAUGCGAAAGGAAAUUGCAGAAUAUGAGACAGUUAUUUAGAAAUUUAAAUGUUUUUCUUUCAUUGUAUUAUUAUUGCUAACCUUGUAUUAUUUAUGCAAAAAAAUUCUAAGCCUGAGAAGUUUUUACUUAAUGUACGUUAUGUCAAGUCACUAAUAUUGUUGUAAACCUGAUAUUGCAUUAAUUCUGCCGUUUCUCAUUUUUUCGAAAACAUUUCUGCUUAAGUUUCUAAGUCUGAGUAAUUUUUACUAAGUAUACGUUGCAUAAAGCCAUUAAUAUUGUUAUAAACUGCAAAGAAAAUAAGUUUCUCUAUGAUUGAAAAUAUUCAUGUGUAUUUAUGUCUUAAAAUAUGUUACUUUAUUUGACGAGUCAUUCAUUGUGAUGGUACAUGUUUGCUCAAAUGAUAAAAAAAAGAAGUUGGAGAGUAGUAAUCAAGGUUGGUAGUUAUUUGAUAAAAAGAAAAAGGGAAAAUAAAUCACUUAAAGUGUUGGUAUAAGGAGAAUUAUAAUUACAAAAAUAUCAAACCGAAACAUAAAUAUUUCACAAGAAAGUGAAUAUCUACAUAGCGUGGUCACAGUAAAUAGACACCACCUUUUCAGAAAAAAUGAAAAUUUUCAGUCAUAUUCACAUGAAUUGAUAUAUUUAUAAUUU